AAAUCACAAUAUACUCACUAGAAAAACUAAACUACACCAAUGCAAGUGGAUUUGUGGCUUUUGCAGACACCAGGCUGUUCUUCAGAGGCUUUCAAACUGUCUAAAUAUAAUGUUUGUUUCCUCAGGAGAGCCUCCUGCCAUGUACCAGACUCAGCUGAUAAAGGCAGCAGAAGGUGAUAAUGUGACUCUUCAGUGUCGUCUGGAUCCUCCGGUCAACCUGUCUGCUUUCACCGUGGACUGGACGAGACUUGACAACAAGGAUAUCGUCCACGUCUAUCGACAUCAACAGGACGAUCCUGAUCCACAGACGGAUCAAUACAGAGGCAGGACGACUCUCCUCCAUGAAGACCUGAUCAGAGGAGUCCUGACUCUGCACAUCUCCUCAGUGAAGCUGUCUGACAGAGGACUUUACAAAGGCUUUGUCCCAAAGCUGAAGACCAGCUGUGUUGUUGACCUCAUUGUUGAAGACCAGCAGAACGAGACAAAGAGAGAUGAUUCCAGCACAACUGGACCUCCAGAGGAAGAAGAGACCGAGCCAGACGGUCGUGGUGGUGGAAACAAGAUCGCUGGUCGUGCUGGGAUAAUUUCCUCCGUCAUUCUCUGCGUUGUUGUUGUUGUUCUGCUUCUGAGGAAGAACGGAACGAUCCAGUGUAUGAGGACGCUCGGAGGAAGGAGGGAGCAAAAACCAGAGACAAACGAAAUAUGAAUAAAAAACCAGUUUUCAAAUCAGGUCAAAUAUUUAUCAAUCAUCAACAUCAACAUCAAUCAACUUCUAUACAUCGAUAAAAUAAACAGUCCAGACUCCUGGGCCCAAAUAUGCAAAAUAAUAUUCUACCUGUUAAACAUUAGCAUCAGUUGACAUUGUCAUUGUAAGUGUGUUAGCAUGCUGUUAGCAUUUAAUGUUGGGUGUUCCUAAUAAACUGGCAACUGUGUAGAGUGUAGAAGCCCUCUUGCUCCAGAGCAGUGCCAAAGACACAACUAACUUAUUCUUCUGUUCUAAUAUUGGUAUUAACACUGUGCCCUUCGUUACAUCAGAAACAUAACGAGAGCUUUCCAUCACUUUAAAAACACCAAAAGUACGAAGAUUUAAAUCUCAGGCUGGUUCUGAGAAACUGAUCUGACUGCUGUAAAUCUCUCUGUUGAUUACCCAAACAACAAACACCAAGAAGUCUCCUGCUCGUUUCUAACACUGUUGUUGUCCCUUUAAUAUCUGAAUCAAUUGUUGUGCUGCGAUGUUGCUCAUCAGUGAGCAGAACUGCUGUGUCUUCACACAGCAGUUCUGUUGGAUUUUUAGUUUGCACUGAUUUAAUGAAUAAGAGGGAAAAAACUUGACAGUACUACUUAACUAACUUGUUCUUUAAGUAAUGCUGCAUUUAAUUAAACAACUCGUGUAUAAAGAAAAUAUAUGAUUCAAAAUACUGCUGUUGGUUUAUAAAGCACUUAAUGGUUUAGAGCCAAAAUACAUGUCUGAUCUUCUCUCAGGUCGUCUGUCCUCAGGGUCAAAACUAAACCUUUAGAAGCAGCGUUCAGUUUUUAUUCUCCAUUUAUCUGGAACAAACUCCCAGAAAACUGCAGGUCUGCUGAAACUCUCAGUUCUUUUAA